GAAGAAGACUUAGGAUGCCUCUGGUGACCAAGCGACUCAGAGAUCCUGACACAAAUCCUUGCUUGUCGGAGUCUGAUGCUUCCACCAGAUGUAUGGAUGAAAACAACUACAACAGGGAACGGUGCUCCAGCUACUUCUUGAAGUACAAAAACUGCCGGCGAUUCUGGGUAAGUCUGCCUCGGCGAGCCUCCUGUGCAGACCUGGCUCUCGAGACUGAGGCCUGAGGUUGGUUAGUA